CUGAUCUCCCGUGUAACCGCUGUGUAGCCCUCACUGUCGCGUUCGCUGCCCUCAAACACCUGCUGCCACCCGCUCGCCCCAGCGAUCGCACCCGCCCUGCAUACAGUAGCCUGCCUUUCCUCCACAAAUUGGUCUCUUGAACGUUCUGAACUCCUUGCAGACUCUUUGGAGAUUGCAGAUCGAAGACCCUGGCCCACCUGGAUCUCCAAUCGAAAUAUUGGUCCUGUGAAGAACCAAUCCAGACAAAUCGUUCUAACCUAGGAACGAACCAUCUCUCACCAACACGAGGUUCGCCAACCGCCAUAGUCAAACAUGGAGUCAGACCGCUCCCAUCUCUCCAUCACCCUGCCGCGCAACUUCAUGUUCCAUUAUCACGAUGAACACCCGCCUCGGACUCCAGAGCCUGAGGUGAGGCCCGCCACGGACGACCUGCAGCCACCACCUCCCCCGCGACAGACGCUCAAAGUCCGCCGCCGUCGCACAACAGCUACAAUCGUGGCUCGCAAUGUCGAGGACCUACUCUACGACGAACGGCCGAUGAUACCUACCAUCGAAGCACCCGAACUGCAUUCAGAUGUCUCCAUGGACCUCUCUCAUUUGGCCACUCAGACUGAUGAUGCCUACCUUUCUCCCGCUAUCGUCUUCCACCGCAUGGUGUCACCGCCCAAGACUCCUGUGUCCCAGAUGCGAGAGUUCAACACAUUCCAGAACGACAUCCACUGGUCCGACACAGAUCACGCCAGCCAGAGCGAGAGUUCGAGCCGACCGACUUCUUCAUCCGGCUUCUCAGACUCCUCCAUCUCGUCCAGGGAAAGCUUCGAAUCUUUCCCUUCUCUCGGCGGCAGCUGCACGAGCCCAGAGGAGGACAUGGUGGACCCAUUCUCUUACUAUCAAUCUCCAGAGGCCAAAUGGCAGCCAGACUCCUCCCCACUCGCAACUCAGCGACGGGUACAUCCUCAGAAGAAGCUCAAGCUAAAAGCCUAUUUCACUCAGGAGAUGGACUAUCACCUCUGGAUGACCUACCUCCAGUAUCUCCAAGAUCCUACCGUUACUCCAUUCAAGGCCCUACCCAGCACUGUUCCUCCGAACGGAGUGUGCCAUCGUGUUGCACGCAUGGCACGGAAGACUUGGAGAGGUCCACGCUCGGCACCAACUACGCCGUGGAUGCGAUCCAAGUCUCGAUUCACUUCUCGCAACGGCACCCCUGACACGAUCAAGCCCAACAAGAGCGGCAGCAACACGCCCGUGCCCGGCUCAACAAAGCCCCACGCUCGCUUUCCCACAGAGAAGCAAUGUCGCAAACGUCUCCGGGACUUGGCCAAGUCGAAACCUACAUUGUCAGCCCACUACCAGCGCUUGCUCAACCACCGAUCCCCAUCACCGUUCCAGUCCUCACCACAAGAAGCCUCUUCAUCCUCUACUCAGCCACCCGCAGGGUUGUCAUCCCCGUUCUCCUCGGGUGGGGGAUCUACAACCUUUUCCACUCGGGACAUGAAUGUCUCUUUGGCAGCCAGCACUGCUGCCUCGAUGCAGUUUGGCAAUCCUUUGUCCCAACUGUCGAGUCAAGCAACACCUCGCCCUGCGCGGGAGGCUCGCUCGUCAGCACAUCAAAAAUCACAGUCUCUCCAUAUCGGCCUUGGACUCGGUAUCGGUAGCAUGAUGAGAUCUUCGUUCACGACAAUGUCCGAAAUGACUGACAGGAGCAUGAAUCAGCCUGCUGCGCAGACGUGGCAUGCACCAUCUGCUCGUCCGGGCGGGCUAGGUUCACCCCUUCAACUGCACGCUCCCAGGCCAAUCUCGCGGCCCUUCAGGCGACGUGCCCUCCACAAUUUCGAAGAGCAGGUCCGCAAUCGGGGCAACAGCUUUGUCGAUCAAGUUUUCGGAGCCCCUGCCGAAUCGAGUCACCGCCGUGUUCGAAGCCGGGGAUUCAGCCUGGGCGACAUGAUGGAGGGCGCACGACGUGCUCCUCCAUCAACCAACGGCUCGACCACAACCAACGUCUCGACCGAGGCCAACCCCUUCGCCAGCAUUCUGGGCACACCUCAAAGUCUUGUUCGAGACUCAGCUGCCGCCGACCAAGCAACGAUCCGACUAGGCUCGCCCUUCAGCGGACGGCCAAAUAAUACCUUCCCACGAGCGUCGACCUCUUAUGGAUUCGAACCGCCAGCAUCCUUUGAGCAGCGUUUCGCUGGUCUGUCCGACGGCUCCAAUCGCCCCGGAAACCAGUCCUAGGCACCAGUACCUGCUAAUUCUGUUAUCACCAUUUACGCAUAGGUGUUCGUUCUUGCAUCAUCGGCGUUGUUAGCAUCUGUUGCGUUCAAGCGACAUCUAUUGCAUCUCGAAUGACCUUCCCAAACCCCUCUCCCGAGGGCA